GAACAAGAACCACUGGUGUGUGCAGGGAGAUGCACAUAGUAACCAGUGCUGAGAACAGAGACAGGAUGUGGGUGCAUGGAGGCCAGACAAAAGCAGCUGCAUGGAGGGCGUGUGGAGGAAACAGCUGAGAUGAGAGCGUGGAGCGUGGGCUCGUGUUGCCGGUGCCUUAAAGUAUAUGAAUUCAGAGGUCUCAGGAAAGAGGAGCAGCAAGGAGACAGAAAAAGCCAUCAGAGUCCACUGAGACGAGAGGAUUCCACAAAGAUACCAGCUGAGUGGGAGAAAGAAAAAGAACAGAGAACAAACGAAGCUCCCUUGGUCUUGGAUGUGAGGGACGCCGCGGCGGCGAUGGACUGGCCACCCUUCACAGCAGCUGCCCUGCUCCUCUGCCUGGUUGUGGCUGAAGUUAACAGUGAAUUUCAAAUCCAGGUAAGAGAUUACAAUGCUAAAAAUGGCACCAUCAAGUGGCAUUCAAGCAGAAGACAAAAACGUGAGUGGAUAAAGUACGCUGCAGCCUGUCGUGAAGGCGAAGACAACUCUAAGAGAAAUCCAAUUGCCAAAAUUCAUUCAGAUUGCGCUGCAAACCAGCAAGUCACCUACCGCAUCUCUGGAGUAGGAAUUGACCAGCCGCCUUACGGAAUCUUUGUUAUUAAUCAAAAAACUGGCGAAAUUAAUAUAACAUCUAUAGUUGAUCGAGAGGUCACUCCUUACUUUAUUAUCGUUUGCCGGGCUCUGAAUUUACAAGGUCAAGAUUUAGAGAGGCCUCUUGAGCUCAGAGUCAGGGUUUUGGAUAUAAACGACAACCCUCCAGUGUUCUCCAUGACUACAUUUAUAGGACAAAUAGAAGAAAAUUCUAAUGCAAAUACCUUGGUGAUGAAACUCAAUGCUACUGAUGCAGAUGAACCAAACAACCUGAAUUCAAAAAUCGCCUUCAAGAUUAUAAGACAGGAACCCUCUGAUUCUCCAAUGUUCAUCAUCAACCGAUAUACUGGAGAAAUUCGAACGAUGAACAACUUUCUAGACAGAGAGCAAUAUGGCCAGUAUUCUCUUGCUGUAAAAGGCUCAGACCGAGAUGGUGGGGCAGAUGGCAUGUCAGCAGAGUGUGAGUGCAACAUUAAAAUCCUUGAUGUCAACGAUAACAUCCCCUACCUGGAGCAUUCUUCAUACAACAUAGAAAUUGCAGAAAAUGCUCUGCAUUCAGACUUGGCCCAGAUUAGAGUCAUUGAUUUGGAUGAAGAGUACACAGACAACUGGGUGGCAGUGAUUUUCUUCAUCUCCGGAAAUGAGGGAAAUUGGUUUGAAAUAGAAAUGAAUGAAAAAACGAAUGUAGGAAUUCUGAAAGUUGUCAAGCCCCUAGAUUACGAGGAGACAAAGAAUCUGCAACUCAGUAUUGGUGUUAGAAAUAAAGCUGAAUUUCAUCAUUCAAUUAUGUCUCAAUAUAAACUCACGGCUACUGUAGUCUCUGUGACUGUGACAAAUGUAGUGGAAGGCUCAGUGUUUCGCCCAGGUACAAAGACAUACGUGGUAACAAGUAACAUGGAAGCAAAUUCUAAAGUGGGAGAGUUUGUCGCUAUUGACAUGGACACAGGCUUACCUUCAACAACUGUUAGAUAUGUAAUGGGAAGUAAUCCAGCUGACCUGCUAGUCGUUGACUCAAAAACAGGCAUACUCACUUUAAGAAAUCAAGUUACCAUGGAACAGUAUCAAAUGCUUAACAAAAGAUACCAAGGAACAAUUUUAUCUAUAGAUGAUUCUCUUCAUAGAACUUGCACUGGUACAAUUAUCAUUGACCUUGAUGGUUCUGGCUGGAAAACAGAGGGUACAAGCACUGUUUCAGUACAAACUACCAAAGAGAAUGGUGAAGAGACCACUUUCACCGAACCAGGUGGAGAAACUUCCUCCCGUGGCCCCUAUGUCAUCACCGAUGAAAAUGGCGGGGGGACGAAUGGUGAAAGGGAGCCAUAUCAGAGACCAGGAGAUAACGUGCACUUCGGCCCUGCGGGCAUUGGACUGCUCAUCAUGGGAUUCCUAGUCCUGGGACUGGUCCCAUUCCUGUUGAUCUGUUGUGAUUGUGGAGGUGCCCCUGGGGGCGGCGCUGGCUUUGAGCCUGUCCCUGAGUGUUCCGAUGGAGUGAUUCAUCCCUGGGCAGCGGAAGGACCGCAGCCUGCACCCGGUGAUUUGACCACUAUCUGUGUACCACAAAUACCCCCCGGGGGUGGGGUGACCAUGAUGGAAUGCAUCGACAACUCAGGUGUUUAUACAAAUGACUAUUAUGGCAGAGAAAUGCAAGACCUGGGAGGAGGAGAAAGAACGACAGGAUUUGAACUCAUGGAGGGAGUUAAAGCACCAGCUGCACCUGACAUAUGCCAAGAAUAUUCUGGAACAUUAAGAAGAAACUCUAUGAGGGAAUGCAGAGAGGGUCUGAAUAUGAAUUUCAUGGAAAACUACUUCUGUCAGAAAGCAUAUGCUUAUGAUGAAGAGGAUGAAGGACAACCAUCCAAUGACUGUUUGCUCAUCUAUGACAAUGAAAGUAUAGCUUCCCCUGCUGGCUCUGUAGGUUGUUGUAGUUUUAUUGGUGAAGACUUGGAUGAAAGCUUCUUGGAGACUCUUGGGCCUAAAUUUAAGAAGUUGGCAGAUAUCAGCCUGGGAAUAGAUACCGAAUAUUAUCCAGACCCUGAUCCCUCUUGGCCUCCUCGGAACACUGAACCAGUCUGCCCUCAGCAGACAACAGGGCUAGUGGCUAGUGGACACCCGACAGUCUCCCAUCAUGUUGGUGCUACCACAGUAAUUUCUGAGAAUACCUAUCCCUCGGGACCUAGUGUACAUCAUCCUAUGCCUAUCUCCGACCCUCUGGGCUACGGAAAUGUCACUGUGACCGAGUCCUACACCACCUCUGGCACUCUGAAGCCCUCUGUACACCUUCAUGAUAACCUGCAUGGGCCCAAUGUGGUGGUGACAGAGAGGGUGGUGGGUCCCAUCUCGGGUGCUGAUUUGCAUGGAAUGUUAGAGAUGCCUGACCUGAGAGAUGGGUCAAAUGUUAUAGUGACAGAAAGAGUCAUAGCGCCAGGUUCAAGUCUACCCACCUCCCUGACUAUCCCUACUCCUAUAGAGUCUUCAAAUGUGGUAGUGACAGAAAGAGUAAUCCAACCAACUUCUGGUAUGAUGGGCAGUCUAAGCAUGCACCCGGAUUUAUCGAAUGCCCACAAUGUGGUUGUGACGGAGAGGGUUGUUUCCGGGGCUGGCAUUAGUGGAAUUAGCGGUGCGGCUGGGAUCAGUGGUGCUGUAGGCAGCAGUGGCCUGGUUAGUACCAACAUGGGUGUCAGUGGCAGCGGCCUGAGUGGACCUGGAGUAGGGGGUGGUGGCAUAGGGCUGGGCAGCCUGGGUGGAGGUGGGGGCCUGAGUGGCAGCAUGGCAGGGACAGCCACCAUCAGCCAUGUGAGGAAUUCCUCUGACCAUCACUUUACCCAGACCCUGGGAUCUGCCUCGCCUAGCACAACUCGAAGUCGAAUCACAAAGUACAGUACGGUACAAUAUACCAAGUAGUUAGUAUCCCAGAGCACUUGCUCAUGGGAAUUAUGGCUUAGAUUCAAUUCCCACCAUCCAAAAUGUAAUAAUGAGACUUAGGAUGCACAGCUAGGGACUAAGAGCUCCACUUGGCUGUGAGAAACCACAAGGAGAAAAAUAAAUGGAAACAUUGCCAUGGGGGAGAGAGAGUUCUGUACAUUUGUAAACUGCUUCCUUAUAUUAAUAUUAAUAUUAAUGACCUCAUGACAGUGGACAAACACUUGAGGCAAGACUUCUUUGUGCCUGUGUGGCCGUUAGGGUCUUCUUUGUAUCUAUGUGGCCUGUAAUUUAUAGCCAGCAUGUGGAGUAAGUAAAAUGUGGUCAUGAAAAAGUACUGCCCUUACCAUGGCAAUUUGCAUCACUUUCCUGUAAUUUGCCAUGUAAUUCAGG